UCGUCUAUCCCUCCCUCGUUGCCGUUGAGGUUUUCCAGUCUUCCAGUUAUUCACAGUAGAGUUUGGCUCUCUUAGUAAUUCGAAGCCGAAAUCGAGUUUGUGCAAAAAGAGCAAGAGAUGGGAUUUGGAGCCCUAAGGUCCAUUGCUCGUCCCCUAUCGCGAACUCUACUAUCCCGCGCCUCCACUUGUUCAACGACGUCGUUUGCCGCCACUUCUGCAUCCCCGAAAUUCGAGCUCCGAUUGGUUUUGGGCGGCUCGUUUCGCAGUCAAGCUCCAUGGUUUCCAAUUUCAAACCAUUUGCACAGCUUGACCGACACUCGAUUCCCGAAGCGAAGGCCCACUGAUAAACCCCGUCGAAAAAGGGCCAGCUUGAGACCUCCAGGACCAUACGCCUGGAUUCAGAGUGUUCCUGGUGAGUCUUUACUUGCCACUAAACCCAAUGAAGGAAGUGUGAAAAGAAGGAACGAGAAGAAGCGGAUGAGGUUACGCCAUGCAUUUAUACUGGCAGAAAAAAAGAAACGGAAAGCUCAAUUGCAAGAGGCUAAAAGGAAGAAGAAUAUUAAGAGGAUAGAGCGUAAAAUGGCUGCAGUGGCUAGGGAAAGGGCAUGGACCCAAAGACUGGCAGACUUGCAGCAACUCGAAGAAGAAAAGAAAAAAUCUGCAGCUUAGUAGGCAUCGUUUGCUAAUGGGACCAAAUGAUUAAUCGUAUUUAGCCUUCAGCCUUCUUUAGUUACACCGAGGAGUCUGUAUUUAUUGAUGGAUUAGAAAUAUGGCUUUCAGGAACAAGAAGGAAAAAGGCCAUCAUGGUAGUCUAGCAGGCGCUUUCUUCUAUAAUUUUUCAUAUAAUCUAUGACUUUGGAUUCUUGUACCAUUUGCAUGCAGAGUGAUUUCAAGAGAUGUAAGGCUGGGAAUAAUCUUUUUGCAAAAUUUUAGUUUGUGCAUUGAAGCAAUGGCAUUGUGAUGUCUUAAAAUC